GUUCGGAAUAGCUCUACGGCUCAAUAUAUAAUUUAUUGUGUCAGAACUUGAGGCGUUACUUGUUUGACACUGAAUUUUGGGGAGGGAGAUGCCACCUUCCUUAGCAAUGAGAUUCUCUCCGGCGAAAGAACCAAGACAAGACGGAUUGCUUUUCAGGGAGAGACAAGAUGAUGAUGACGAUCUUGCUUUGUUCAUUGAAAUGGAGUCCAAAGAGAAUUUUCUACUUCAGCCAUCGGAUGACUUGGAAGAUCCAUUUUCUAUGCAGUUGAGGCAUUUUCCGGAUACCAAGGUUAGGAUUUCCAUUCAUGGCCAAGGAGAAACCAGUGACUUGCUCAAUGCAGAUGAUGACGAAAAUGACUAUGGCUGGUUGUUCACACCCCCUGACACACCACUGUUUCCUUCAUUAGAUGAUGAACCACAACAAAUAAAUGUUGUAGGCAGAGGAAGUUCUCAGAGUAAACCCAUUUCCAUAUCAAGAUCUUCAACGAUGGAGAGAAGUUAUGUAAGAAGAAGUUCAACUCCUACCCCUCGGAGGACCAGCACUGGCUCCGUUGGUCCUGCAAUCUCAUCAGGGAUUAGAGGAGCUUCGCCUGUUAAGACAAGCCGUGGGAACUUUGCUUCACCAAAGAUAAGAGCAUGGCAAACUAGUUCUUCCAAUUUCUCUUGUGCUGCUCCUCCCAAUCUCUGUACUUCUUUGGCUGAUCCACCAAAAAUUCCAGCAUCCCGAAAUGGUAGGGAUUCAACCAGCAAAUUCAGUAGGCAAUCAGUGUCUCCUACUGCUUCUUGGAGUAGCAGCUCUUUUCUCAGUCAAGAUCGAGAUCAAUUCAGUUCAUACAGCAAGGAUUCUGUUGCAUCAUCUGGUGCUGAUGAUGUAGACUCUCUUCAAUCUAUCCCAGUGGGAAGUUUAGAUAGAGCAAAUUCAAUAAAGGGUGGUUCACGUUCCAAUGUCAAAUAUCCUACUUCCAAGAAAUCGUCCAGCAUGGCGUCCCCAAAUUCUGCUCCUAAAAGAUCAUUUGAUUCUGCUCUCCGGCAGAUGGAUAGAAAAAGUCAUCAGAAAAUGUUCAGACCACUUCUAUCUAGUGUGCCAAGUACAACUUUUUAUGUUGGGAAAGCAAAUUCGGCAAAAUGUUCCCUUGUAUACAGCGAUUCUUCUGCUACUUCAAUCAGCAAUGUGAGCUCUGAUCAUGGAAGAAGUUGUGCACAAGACACCAAAGGGAGUGACCAAAAUCAAGAUGACAGGGUAAAGGGAACUGAGAAGAUAUUAUAUUCUGAUAUUCAUGAAGAAGUAUUUUCCUUUGAUGAAAUCGAUAUAUUAAAUGAAAAUAUUGGAUGUGUAAUCAAGGAUGAAUCAAUUGAUCUCCUGCACAAUGAAACUAUACAGCCUAAGAUUAAUUUAGAUCCUGCUGAAUCUAAAGAUUCUAUCCAUCAUGAUAUUGAUACAGAAUUAAAUGUAACUUCAAAAACUUCCAAUGUCAGAGGUGAUAUUUCUGAACCUGCCUGUUUUGAAAAUAUAGCAACUUGUUCUAGUUGUGGUUGUUGCUAUGAGGUCACCGAACAAGCUGAGAAGUAUAUCAAGCUUUGUCCGCAGUGCAGCAGGGAAAACACCUUAUUGAGACAUAACAUUGCAGAGACAAAUUUGGAAGUUUCCAACGACUCUUCAGAGAGUUCUACAAAUUUCCCUGCAGAACAAAAACCAUUAGCUGAAAUAGAUCAACAACCAGUUGGGUCUGAUGCGGGUAACAUGAGAGUUUUUCUUGAUGAACAAGAAGCCAAGGGAAGUCAAUCUUCGUCCCCUGAAGUAAUUCAGGGUCACUUGCAACAAGGUCCUACUCCAAGUUCAUCUGUGGAGGAAAGUGCACAGAUGCACUCCUGCCAGCUAGAGGUGGAUCAAUCAGGGAUUGAUUACAAGAAGCCAGAUAAUCAUCUUACGGAUCAAGAGUUAUAUCAUUCCCAGGAUCGCCCAAAUUUGAAAGUGAACCACCUCUUGGAAGGCAAUGGCAUUUCUGUAUUGUUGAGAAGGUCAAGGAGCAGCAGAGGAACCAUAGUUCAGGGCAGGACUGUCACUGCCGCAACCUUAUCUUAUGAUGAUCUUUAUUUUCCAAGAGGCAGUGUAAAUGGUAUAAGAAGAUCAACUGGGCAUCAUAGUUAUUCUGCCUUAUCAUCUGUUGAUUUCAGCCCAGCAAAACAUUCUGAAUUUCAUGUGCAAAGGCAGUCAAUUGGCAAGAAAUUGAAUGUUGACUGCAAACAUGACCCAAGGAUCAAGUGUCCAAGCACUGCUUCAUCUAUCUCUGGAACGUCAAACCAUUCUCACCAUGGUUUAGAUUUUAUGGUACCAGAAACUUCUAUCAAUACAGGAUGUGGCAUACUGCAGGAUAAGCCUAAAGAUGUAUGUGAAUUCCAAGCUUCGGAAGAUGCAGUGACAUAUGUAAUCGAUGCUUCUAUAGUUCCAAUUUUUGUUGAAGAAGAUAAACUUGAAAAACAUGAUUAUAGCAGAGUAACUGAUGCUUCUGAAACAGAAAUGUUAAGCCAGGCUAUUGGUGUACGGUCAGAUGACAAUUUGAUAACAUCUUUUCGAAAUUAUGGAGAUUGUAUUUCAUACAGUUAUGUUGACGACCAUCCAGAUCAUGCUAGCAGCAUCUCAAAUACAGAAGCAUCGCUUAAGGAUCCAAUGUCAUCUCUUGAUGAGAAAAAUGGUAUCAAAAUCACCAAUGUUGAUGGAAGGGAUGCUUUGGUUAGUACCAACAAUUCUGCAAUUAUAAAAUCAGAAAUAGAAGGAGAAAACUUUUGCCAGAAUGAUAGUGGUGUGGCAGAUGGGAAUCUGUCAAUGGUAUCAAAGUGCACUGUGGAUGAAUCUCAGGAACAUUCUGUCCUACAUUCUUCCAAUGAUUCUCCUAGAGAUUUUGUUUCUGAGCUCAAUACCGCAGAAUACUCCCAUGGCAUAGAGGGAUCAACAAUUACAGUGGAGUGUCAAGGUGCUGGCAACACUAGAAGCCUUACACUUGAAGAAGCAACAGAUACCAUACUCUUUUGCAGCUCUAUAAUCCACGAUCUUGCAUAUCAGGCUGCAACAAUAGCAAUGGAAAAGGAACUCUUAGACCCUCUUGAAGGUUCUGAACCAACAGUGACUAUAUUGGAGAAGGCCAAUUCUGAUAAAAAGGAUUCUCGAAACCGAAUGGAUAGCAAGCGCCCUUCCAAGCCCCAAAAAGUGAAGCCAACAACACCGGAAACUGAUGUAAAAUCUCUUUUUGCUAAUAAGACUGAGAAGGAUGAAAACGUGCACAAGUCUUUGCCACGCACCAUUGGGCUUCUCGAUAAGGUAGAGGGCCUGAAGCCACCCCCUAAUAAGCUUGAAUCAAAGUGUAAUUGCAUUAUAAUGUGAGUGCAAACUGCAAAGUUGAGCAGCAUUUUCGGAAUUUCGGCUCUUCAAGUUUGACUAUAUAAUAUACAAUUACACACUAGAGCUUAGCUAAGUGCUUGUGCAGAAUAACCAUUUGGUUUUUAUGUUGGUUACAUUACAACCCUGUUUCACACAAUUGUAAAGUUAAUUAUUUUCUUUUCCCCAUUUUUAUUGGAAGGCCGAUCAGUUAGAGGCAUGUAGAUGAUUGCUUUCCCUCCGUGUUCUGCAUAUUAUUGUUUGAUUUGAUUUCAUUCUCAAU